GAAACUCUGAGAUAAAUGAAGCUGCAUGUCAUCAGAGUUAUUCUGGAUUAGAGACAUUUUCUAAGAAUUAUUUACAUUUUUAAUCAAACUGAGGUGCAGCAUCUAAAUAUAGUUCAGUGUUUUAACAAUAAUUUGUUUCUUCAUUGUUUUGCAGUAAAUGGGUGAAAAUUAGGAGUAAAAUGAUCAGAACCAGGAGAUUCUUGUUUUUACUAUUUUUACCGUUUGUGAGGGCUGUUUUUACUGAAGGAUCUGUAACCAGAGUGUCCUGUGAUCUCAGUCAGAACUGCAUUUUACCAUGUCGGUUCAGGAAUCAGGUUAUCAACAUAAAAUGGAUACAUGAAAUUUCAAAAUCUCUGAUUGUAUCUUAUGACCAUCGUGGCUCCAGUUACUCUGAGAGCUUCAGAUCCAGAGUGUCUCUGUUUGAGGAUCAGAUCUCCAGAGGAAACGGAGAUCUGCUGCUGAGAGGAGUGAAGGUUGAUGAUGAGGGAAGAUAUCAGUGCACUGCAAAGAUAAAUGACACCAAUUAUUUUAAUUAUGUUGACCUUACAGUAGAAGCUCCAGUCUCUGACAUCAGGAUCCAUCAGGAUGGAAACAGGAUCACCUGCAGCUCAGAGGGGAUCUACCCUCAACCUGAACUCACCUGGUCCACUGAGCCUCCAUCCAACACGGUUCUGCAGAACAGAACCACAGUCCAUCAGACUGAGGAGAAGCUUUACAACAUCAGCAGCUCUCUGACGGUUCCAGACGGUUCUGAUCGGACCUACAGCUGCACCAUCAGAACCAGGAAGAACCAAAGGACAGAAACUUCAACUAGAGCAGACAUUGAAACCAGCGUGUCCUGUCUUCUCAACCAGGACUGUAUUUUACCAUGUCGGUUCAGGAAUCAGGUCACCAACAUGAAAUGGGAACAUAGAAAUUCAGACUCUCUGAUUGUAUCUUAUGACCAUCGUGGCUCCAGUUACUCUGAGAGCUUCAGAUCCAGAGUGUCUCUGUUUGAGGAUCAGAUCUCCAGAGGAAACGGAGAUCUGCUGCUGAGAGGAGUGAAGGUUGAUGAUGAGGGAGAAUAUUGGUGCUUUGCAAAGACAAAUGACAUCGAUUAUAAAUAUUUUGUUUUCCUUACAGUAGAAGCUCCAGUCUCUGACAUCAGGAUCCAUCAGGAUGGAAACAGGAUCACCUGCAGCUCAGAGGGGAUCUACCCUCAACCUGAACUCACCUGGUCCACUGAGCCUCCAUCCAACACGACUCUGAAUGAAAGUACCAGGAUCCAGGAAACUGAAGAUAAACUUUACAACAUCAGCAGCUCUCUGACGGUUCCAGACGGUUCUGAUUGGACCUACAGCUGCACCAUCAGAACCAGGAGGAACCAGAGGAGAGCAACUUUAAAUAUUCCAGUCUCUGUGGAUUUCUCAGGUGCUGAAGUUACAAUCUGCUGCACUUCCUUAAACAUUUCUAAGUCCAGUUUGGUCUGGAGGUUCAACCAGCGUCAGAUCAUCCUGACCAAGACUGACAGAAACAUCUCCAGCAUCUCAGAGGACUGGAGGAAACAUGUGAGGAAAGUUUCAGCGUCCGGCAGCCUCACCUUACAGGAUGUGACCUCAGAUCAGGAGGGAGUUUACAGCUGUGAGCUCAGCGAUGAUGAGGAGACCAUUAUAACUCACCUCUAUCUGAGGAGGACUGGAGAGAAUCUGGUGGUUCCUGAACUCAUCAGAUGGACGGUGGUUUGUGUUGUGAUUGCAGCAGCAGCAGCUGGAUUCAUAAUGUUCUACAAGAAGAAACUGGAGGAAAGUGAAGCUCUGCAGCUUUAACCCUUUCAUUCACAUUCAGAGAGUGGUUUAGUUUUAAUGCCGUUCUCACAUUUUACCCGUCAAGAUGAUUCAUGAGCUUUGAUGUAGUUUCACAAAAUGAUCAGCUCUUCAUGUUCUUCAGGUGAUUCUUAUAUUUAGAGAUAUUUCUGUUUUUAUUUUUAUGAUGAUUUCAUCUCCUGCCCAGCAGGGGGCGCAGCUAAACAUAUUCUUUAUAUUCUACCAGCUAAACUUUCUCAGAGCUUUAUCAGUAAAAUGUUUAUUUUUAUAGAAAAUGAAUUUUAUUACAUAAGUAUCUGAUUUAUGAGCUUUUAUGUAGUUUAACAAAACGAUUAGUUCUUCAUGUUCUUUAAUUAUUUCUCACAUUUGUAAAUAUUUGUUGUUUUUUUCCCUAAAUGUGAUGAUUUUAUAGUUUCAUCUCCUGCCCAGCAGGGGGCGCAGCUAAACAUAUUCUUUAUAUUCAACCAGUUUCUCAGAAAUGUAUCAAUAAAAUUUUUAUCUAUGAAGAUUUUUUUCCAUUAUUUCUUUUGUUACAUAAAUUCUUUGUUCUUCAAUAAACCAAAUAAAAA